AGCAGGGGAGCAGUUGUUACGAAAUGUCACUGCUGCUCUGACGCAUCAUAGUAACCAGGAAGUGGCAGCACAACAGGUGUUCAAGGGAGCAACUCUGGCUCCGCCCCUGGCGACAGUCGCCAAGGAGCCAGCUAAUCAGGUCAAGGCAGAUCUCCUUGGCUCUGGCUGUGUUGUAGUGAAAGAGCAGGCGGGUGGAGAGAGAAAGGUGGGAAAGAGGGAGGGAGACAACAGGCAAACAGGUGGAGAGAGAGGGCAGAGAGCGAGUGGACUUGGCACAGCGGGUGAGGCAGACAGGAAGAAAAAAGAGAAACGGAGCGAAGAAAAGAGGACAAACUCUGGGUUGUUGAUGUCGAGAGACAGUCACAGCAAAGCUUCCAAGAUGAAGUUGGGAGGGGACUUGUUCGAUGACAGCCAGAGUGACAGUGGCGUAUCUGCCGACUUCUCCCCUGGUAGUACUGUGGAGCUCCAAACCACCACCCCCACCCUCACCUCGCCUCCGGCCGACGAGACCCCCAUCGAGAGGGAGAUCCGUCGGGCAGUGCAACGUGAGCAGUCCCUCAGGAGAUCCAGGGGCCUCCACAACAAUCCUCCCACCCAGGAAUAUGUGGACAUCCCCCUAAGGAAGUCAGUCUUGACUGAGACCCUGCCUUCCAAGUCGGACAAGAGCCAGGGGGGGAAGGACCGUCUGUUUGCGGGGAAGAAGAUGCAGAAGGAGAUCAGUGUAGAGACCCAGAGGGAACAGGUCCUGGUUCGACUAGGGAAAGUUAGAGGUUCCUAUGACAAGGGGACAGUACGCCAGCUCAAGGAAAGGAAGAAGUUAUUCGAAGCUUUCCAGGAGCCCAAGGAGACAUCCUCGAUGAUACUGUCCCAGAGCAAGGCACCCUCCUGGGCUUCGGCGAGUGACCUCUCCACCCUGGAGAUCCAGGGGAACGACGCAUCAUCCGUGUCCUUUGUCGGAGGCUCGUUCGGGGAGAGAAGACGUAGUAGCCUGGAGCUGAUGUCCCAGACCCAGAACCAGAGCCCCUCCGGAACACCUAAAGGCAUCACCUACACCCCUCAUGGGGCCCCUGUCCCCCGGGGCCCCACUCUCUCCGAGAGCGCCGGGGGCCAGAUAAUCAUCCUGGAUAACCACCACCACCUGGUUCUCCCCACUCCGGCCCACGUCCACCACGUCUCCAAGCCCCUCAGGCACUCCCACAGUACGGGCACGCUCACCGAGACACAGGGCCUCACCGUGGUCGACUCCGCUUCUAUAUACUCCUCAACCAGUGCAUUCAGCGGAGAAGAGAGAAGGGGGUUUUGGAGGGAUGAGGAUGGAGGGAGGAUGGAUCAGGAGGAGGAGGAGGAGGAGGAAGAGGAGGUUCCAAAGGAGAACCCCUUCUUCAAGCUGCGCUCCUCAUCGGUGUCUCAGGACAAGGUGGAGCAGGAUAUCCGGGAAGCCAGGGAGAGAGAGAAGGAGCUGCGGAGGCAGAGGAGCAGUCUGUACAGGGAAGGAGGAGGAGGAGGGGGGAGGCCAGCCAGUAGGGAGGUACAGAGUCCCACUUCUCCUCCUCCACCUCUACUACUACAGAACGGACUGGUGACCCCUGAACUAUCUGUUACCCCCUCAUCGCGGACAGCCUCUGCAACACCAACAGCACGACAGUCUCUUGGGAAGCUGGGCAUGUGGCCUCCACCACAGACAGAUGAGUAUCCGGAUAGCCAAUCAGAGGGCCUCCAGAGCCCACGGACCCCAGACAGAAGACUCCUCUCCUGCAGCGCUGGGAGCCGGCCAGUUCUUUAA